CCCAAUGGCUUUGCUUCUCCUUCCAAAUACCAUCUCUUUUUCCCUUCUUACAACACCGCCGAAGGUACCCAGAAGUAGAACAAGAACAAGAUUUGCGAGACACCGCCGGUUUCUGGCCUUGGCGGCUUCUCCGGAGUCAAAGGAUGACAAGACUGCUUCUUCUCAGAAAUCAACAAAGUUGGUCACUUUUUUGGGAAAAGGUGGCUCCGGCAAGACCACCUCCGCCGUUUUCGCUGCCCAGCACUUUGCAAUGGCAGGGUUUAGCACAUGCUUGGUGAUACACACUCAAGAUCCCACUGCUGAGUUCUUUCUAAACUGCAAAAUCGGAAGUUCUCCUACACUAUGCAACAGCAACCUUUCGGCUCUUAGAUUUGAAACCACCCAAAUGCUUCUAGGACCUCUGAAAGAGCUAAAGCAAGCGGAUGCUCGUCUUAAUACGACACAAGGAGUUCUUGAAGGGAUAGUGGGAGAAGAGCUUGGGGUGCUUCCUGGGAUGGAUCCUAUUUUUUCCGCAUUAGCACUUGAGAGGCUUGUUGGAUUUUUUAGGAAUGCGGCCCAAAGAAACCACAACAAAGAUAAAUUUGAUGUAAUAGUAUAUGAUGGUCUGAGCUCUGAGGAAAUGCUACGAAUGAUUAGUGCAGCCAGUAAAGCAAGGCUGUACUUGAAAUAUCUGCGUAAUGCAGCUGAGAAAACUGAUAUUGGGAGGUUGGCGGGUCCUUCAGUUUUGAGGCUUGUGGAUGAAGCCAUGAGUAUUAGCAGCAGUACACCCCAUCGCAAUGGGAAAAUGAGCGCAGAAAUAUGGGACAUUCUGGAACAAAUGUUGGAGAGAGGGUCGUCUGCUUUCUCAGAACCUCAGAAAUUUGGCUGCUACCUAGUGAUUGACCCAGACAACCCAGCAUCUGUUGCUACUGCUUUACGUUAUUGGGGUUGCUCAAUCCAAGCUGGUGCACAGGUCUCCGGAGCCUUUGCGAUUGCUUCACGACAUGUGAAUACAGAAUCAGAGGAAAGACUCAAGAAAACCUUUUCACCCUUGCCUUUUGCUUUCAUUCCACAUCUCCCCUUUGGUUCCCCUCUAGAUUGGAAUGCGAUCAUACUGAACACUGUCAAUGAAAAUGCACGGAAUCUUCUUUCUUUGCCUGCAAGUGGCAGCAGUAGUGUAACACCCUCAGUGAAGUUUGAUGCAGCCAGAAAAUCAGUAACCCUUUUCAUGCCAGGUUUUGACAAGUCAGAGGUCAAGCUGUACCAAUAUAGGGGAGGAUCUGAGUUGUUGGUGGAAGCUGGGGAUCAAAGACGUGUAAUUCAGCUGCCUUCUAAAAUUCAAGGGAAAGUCGGAGGUGCCAAGUUCAACUUCAUAGACAGAAGUCUUGUAAUCACAAUGCGAUAGUGUAAUCAGAUUCUGAUAAUUUCAUAUAUUUAUAAUCAAUUGAGAUGUAUCAUGUACCUCUUAGAGAAAAAGAGAGAGGGAUUAGGAAAGCCGACAUUUGUUUCUCUAUAAUCUCAAU